AACUCUGCAAUCAGCUGUUUGAGAACUUAAAAGUUUAUUUUCAAACAACCCAAACAUUUAAAAUUGAUUUCCUCAAGGAAAUAUAGUUAAAUAAAACUCGAAAUCUAUGAGCCUGAUUUGCCGUCGAUUUGGCUCUUCCUUGAGGCCCAUCGCCCGCACACUCCACCCACUGCUCGCCAGCAAAAUCAUCGAAGCACAAAGGUCACCGCUGAAAAACAAGCGAUUUUACGCCGGCAAGAGAAUGGAUUUAAAGUAUCUAAAUCAAAAGGAGGCCAUCGCCGUGGACCAGGAACUAUUCAACGAUUACAAGUUCAGUGUGGAUCAGCUAAUGGAGCUGGCGGGCUUGAGCUGCGCCCAUGCUGUGGCCAAAUGCUUCCCGGCAGAGAAGCAUCCACGAAUUCUCGUUUGCUGUGGACCAGGAAACAAUGGAGGCGACGGCUUGGUUGCCGCCCGCCACCUCGCCCUCAUGGGCUACACACCCACCAUCUACUAUCCCAAGCCGACGGCCAAGCCGCUCUUCGAGAACCUCAGCCACCAGUGCCAACAGAUGGACAUCUGCGACGUGAAGGAGUGUCCGUCGGUGGAGAGUGCCGCCCGUGACUAUGAUCUCAUUCUGGAUGCGCUCUUCGGAUUCAGCUUCAAGCCGCCGGUGCGAGCGGACUUUGUCGCCGUCGUGGAACUAAUGCAGCAGACCAAACUGCCAAUUGCCAGCGUGGACAUUCCCAGCGGCUGGGAUGUGGAGAAGGGCAAGCUGACUGAAUGCGACGUGGAGCCGGCUCUGCUCAUUUCCCUCACUGCGCCGAAACUCUGUGCCCGCCAAUUUCGCGGCGAACAUCACUACUUGGGCGGCAGAUUCGUGCCGCCCGCCCUGCAGCGCAAAUACGAACUGAAUCUGCCCGUUUAUCCGGGCAACGAGCUGUGCGUCAAGCUGUGAUUUCUGCAUUUAUGCGGUUUCCCAAUAAACGAUGGAGUCUUGAGCCGCAACGUCUGGUUUCCAUCCAUCAUUUGAAAUGAAUUCUUUGUUGAAACAGCGACUAUUUUGAUUUCCAGAAGCAGCAAACACAAUGUUCAAUUAAAAACAGAUUUAAUUACGUUAAAAAAAUGAAACUUAAUGCUAGUUCAUAACAAAAAAAAAGAUUUUCUAGCUUUUAACUUUGUAAAUAAAUAUUGGAAUUAGAAUCCAAGAAAAACUCCAUACCU